AUGGCACCGAAAGAUGCUAAACAGACAGAUGUACUGUUAUUCUGGCCGAUGAAUUUACAUGGUUACAUGAUCGAUAAGAUGUUACAUCGUUUCUACAAUUUUCGGCGAUGUAAUGAAAGGGCCAUUUUCAUUCCGUCCACAAUUAUCGCGCAAGGACAGCUUAUUAGUUGUCCAGAAAUAGUGCAUAAGUCUAAACCCUGUCCACAGGCAUAUCAGGGUGUUGAUCUCUCAGUUAUCAAUGAUCUCGCAAUCACAUUUUAUUACGAUAUCGAGCGCAGUACGUUGGUGCAUGAGGUUUAUUCUGCGCCAUUCGAUCUCAUUACUCUUCCAUUUGAUACGGUUGGAUUUUGUUUUAUCUUUUCGUACGCACAAUUUGUUUUACUACUUAUUUAG